UUUUUUUCUUGGGCGGUGGUUUAGUUUUUCCUCGUGUCUCCCACUGUCUUUUUUUUUUUGUUGUCUUCGCUCAUCUGAACACUUCCCAUCCCAUUCUCCUUAUUUUCAAUACAAAUACCUCGUCGAGUUCCGCAAUAUCAAAUAGAGGGUCUACUCAAGAAACAUUGAUUCUAGACAAUCUAAAAGCGGUAUAGAGCUCCAUUCUGACGAUACCUACUACUCGGCGCGCAUACGUCAUUUAUCUGCCAUUGUCCAAUCUAUUCAACAACCCGUUUGUGCAAACUUGAAGCUCUCCUCUGCUCAUUGCUCACGUCCCUCAACAUUUUAUUAUUUUAUUCACAGAAAUAUACCCAUCGACGACAACUCAUCCACGCAUAGAACUUCUUUUUCUCUUAGCUGUCUAACUGUAUCCAUAGAAGAUACAUGUCAUACAUAGUAAAUCCAUAUUAAUAUCCCUUUCUACAAUACCUACUCCUAGGUCGGCAGCACGCCAAUUCUACCUAUUUAUUCUUUACUUUUUUACUUUAUUCUCCGCCUUUCGCCCUUCGCCUAAAACCCUCAUAGACAUAAAAUACAUACACACCUACCUAUACCCAUAUACCUAUCACAUAAUGUUAUCCCGAAACCUAGUACGCGCAACGGCGCGAGCUGCCGGUUCUGCUAGCAGAGCUGCUGCUCCUCGAGCUACCACUCUUCCCACCAGCCUUCCUGCUAGCGCCGCGUUCCUUCACAAUAAUAACAACCCUCUCAACAAUGCCGACAACAAGGACAAGAAGCAUACCUCACCCCCUCCCGGUGCAUUCGCUCGCACAGACGAUAGUAUCACCGUCGAGUAUCCUGAGGAAGACGCCCUCCCUUCCUCGACCCCCGUCCAAGGUCGUGGUGGUUUUCACAUGAAGCGAACUCUGGCUUCUUUCUCCCUCGAGGGCAAAGUCGGUGUUGUCACUGGUGGUGCUCGAGGUCUCGGACUCGUCAUGGGCCAAGGCAUGGUUAUUAGCGGUGCCAAUUUGGCUAUUGUAGACAUGAACAAGGAAGAAGCCGAGCGCCAAGCCGUUGAGCUGGUUGAGGUAUUCCGAAAGGAAAACCCCGGCGCAACAAGAGUGCCCAAAGUUACUGCCCACUACGCCGACGUGUCUGAUGCCGACUCGGUGCAGAGCUGCAUCGACCAGAUCAUCAAGGAGCACGGCAAGAUCGACCACCUCGUCACCAGCGCCGGUUUCACUGAAAACUACAAUGCCGUCGAUUACCCGAUCGAUCGUAUGCGCAAGCUUUGGAGCGUCAACGUAGACGGUACAUACCUCUUUGCCAUCACUGUCGCCAAGCAUUUGAUGGAGCGCAAGAGCCCGGGUAGCAUGGUCUUCAUCGGAAGCAUGUCUGGCGCCAUCGUCAACGUUCCCCAACCUCAGGCUCCUUACAACACUGCCAAGGCUGCUGUCCGACACAUGGCUGCCUCUCUCGCUGUUGAGUGGGCGCAUGCCGGUAUCCGUGUGAACUGCAUUUCGCCUGGUUACAUGCUGACGGCCCUAACCGAGAAGAUCCUCGAUGACAAGCCGGACCUGAAGAAGCAGUGGACAUCGCUUAUCCCUCAGGGUAAAAUGGGUCAACCCGAUGACUUGAUGGGCCCUGUCGCAUUCUUGCUAUCUGACGCUAGCCAGUACGUCACUGGCGCCGACCUCCGUGUUGACGGUGGUUACACGCUCACUUAAGCAGUGAUUUCUUUUUUUCACGGCUUUUACGGAGCAAGCAUCUUUGGGGGGGAGAAGGAAAUAGAUGGUGAUUUUGACGGGAGUUUCGCGGUAUUAUUUCCCUUUUUCUUCGAGACGAAAAUAGAGGACAGACGCUUUGAAUAAGUCAGAUGAAAAGGCAAGGUUGGGUUAAAGAAAUCACCCCACACUGCCAACAGCUGGUUUUUGUUUUUGUAGCUGCACAGCUGGAUAUCGAUUUCUUACCCAGACUGGAAUGCGACAGAAUAAGACGGGACAGAACGCAUAGGAACGCAAAACGAGCAGUCUGCAAAUUUUGGAGUGCGCCGUUAAUACAACAAAGGAAAAUUAUAUUAUGACAUGUGCUUGGUUUGCUUGUGAUACAUUACUUGCCGUCGACGACGAGUAGAUGAAGGUGUACGAAGUAUAAAGCUUUUUUCGUC